AAGUGGCUCCUUUUAACAAGAUUCACUCAGCUCGGACCUCACAAGCGGACGCAGAGUUGGGAAUUUAUUUUCGGGGUCACAUACGAGUGAUUCCGGAGAUCGGGGGGCGGGUUUAGCUUCACAUAUUGACGGGAGAAGUGCUUCUGAGGAGUGGGGAGGAUAAAAAAAGAUGGUUUUGUGUGCAGAGUAACGAGGAGAUGGCUCCGGGACCAGUGGAGACCAGGAUACAACAAGUAGAGGAUUUGUUUAUGGGAAUCUCAAACACAACAUCAGCAAAUUCACACUGGGGAGAGGCCGUUCUCCUGCUCAACGUGUGGUAAGAGAUUGGCUCAGUUAUCCAGCCUGAUGACGCACCAGCGAGUUCAUGCAGGGGAAAGGCCAUUCUCCUUCUCGGAGCGUGGGAAGGGCUUUGCUCAGUCAACCAAUUUGCUGACGCACCAGAGAGCUCACACUGGGGAGAGGCUGAUCAUCUGCUUGAUGUGCGGGAAGGGAUUCAGUCGGUCGUCUCAGCUGCUGAUACACCAGCGAGUUCACACUGGGGAGAAGCUGUACACCUGCUCCGAGUGCAGGAAGGGAUUCACUCAGUCGUCCCAUUUGCUGAGGCACCAGAUAGUUCACACUGGGGAGAGGCCAUUCAUUUGCUCAACAUGUGGGAAGGGAUUCACUCAGUCAUCUCAGCUGCUGAGACACCAGCGGGUUCACACUGGGGAGAAGCCGUACACCUGCUCCGACUGUGGGAAGGGAUUCCCUUGGUCAUCUGACCUGCUGAAACACCAGCGAAUUCACACUGCAGAGAAUCAUUAA